AUGCGUCAAUGGAGAUUUCUUAAGCUCUUGAAGAGAACGGUGUUGCAAUUUAUAUUUGAAUCAAUUCCCGAACGUUCUCUCGAGCCAAAAUAUUUACGAUUUAUUAAAUUGAUCUUUGCUUUUGCUAUUUAUCUUGCAUGUCUCGCAUAUCUUAUUUACCUUGCGCUCGGAAUAAAAUAUGAAAAUCCAGAUGUUGAAAUAGCGAUCGAGGAGGUCAAAAAUAUCCCUGCUCCAUUUGGUCAAAUUAUAACGAGCAAUGGAGUCGAAUGUACACAUUACAUACAACCAACGUAUAAAAAUGAUGCUAACUUGUACGUUGGAUACUGGAACAAUUCAAUCCAAAGAAAUGUCCCAUCAGUGAUAAUGGAUGAUAUCGGAAUAUCCAAUAUUAUUGUUCAGUUUUUUGUAAAUCAGAAGGAUUUACAAACUACUCGUCUUAUUGAGUCAAACCCCGUAAAUAAUAAUUCAAUGAUAAUUUCAUUUUCUGAUGCCGAAACAGAAAACAUCAAUUUCGCGUCUUCAGUACAUAAAGAAUCGAUUGAUUUGUCAAACACUUAUAUUUUGUCACCAAAGCAGAAAUACCUCUUAUGGUUUUGGCGACUUCAAAAGAAAGAUCUCGAUCUGCGUAACUGGAAAAACAAAGUUGGUUUUGAAAGCAAAAAAAAUGACUAUUACAUAAUUGAAACACUUAUACAAAAUGCCGAUCCUAUAAACGCAACAAAUUUUCCAUUUUCGAUUGUUGAUAUCAGAUAUCAAACACGCUUCGUUGAAAUAGACACGCAGACAAAACAAAAUACGAUUCUCGCUUUAUUAAGCAGCCUUGGAGGAGCGUAUGGUAUUGGCACCCAGCAAAUAGGUCCAUGGGGGAUGGCUUAUGAAAUUUACGGGGUUCGUAAUAGUCUCAAAAAAAGGGUUAAAGAGAAAUUUCAAUCUCAUUUUCCACUUGUAGAAAUAAAAUACCCCGACAAUAUUAGCGACGAAGAUAUAACACUGGGAAAGAUUAACCAACGAUUACAUGAUUUGGAGUGGCAAAAUUCGUUACUUCAAUUGCUGAUUAGAGAAUACGUAAUCGACAUCGGAAAUUUUGCCGAGUUAAAGAAAUCAAUAGACAAAAGAAACCAAACAGAGGUGUGA